AUGAUUGGAGAUGUUCAGCAGAUUUUACGCGGUGGAAAUGCUGAAAAAAAUGAAAAAGAUAUUGCAAAAACAGGAAAUUUGACAAAUCCGUCCUCAAAAAUUGCCUCUAAAUCUUUACCGAAUGUCAAAAAGCCGGAAGGAAUGGCUAGAGAGCUUUAUAAUUUGAUGUCAAAAAAGGAAUUAUCAUCAGUUAUGCCAACCGAUAUGCGAAAAUCUUAUAAAAAUCCAAAAUUUCAAGUAGGAGUAUUUUAUUUUGCCUUUGGAAAAAUGUAUAUUUCAGAUGGGUUUUCGAAAUGUCAGAAAAUAUAAAUGGGUUCCAUUUACAAAUGAAGCAAGAUUGGAUGGUUUGCAAUUAUUUCAUUGGCAACGAGUUGAUAAAAUGGAUAAUAAUCAACCUUAUCCAUUUGCUCGUUUUAAUAAAGUUAUUGAUAUUCCAACAUAUACAGAUGAAGAAUAUGAUAAUAUGUUAACGUGUAAUAAAUGGAGUAGAGAAGAAACGGAUUAUUUGUUCGAUGUUUGUCGAAAAUUCGAUAUUCGCUGGCCCAUUGUUCAUGAUAGAUACGACAAAUCUAAAUUUGGAGUAUCGAGAAGUAUGGAAGAUUUGAAAGAUAGAUUCUAUUCUAUUUUACAUGAAAUAAUGACUAGUAGAGUGAGUUUGAAUUUCUUUUAUUUUCUAAAUAAAAUGAAUGUUAUUUCAGGAUCCGAAUUCCACUCCGAUAGCUUUUGAUGCUGAACACGAACGAAGGCGAAAAGAACAACUAUGUAAGCAAUGGGAUAGAACAAAAGAACAGGUAACACUUCAAAACAACAAACAAAAACUUAUUUUUCAAAUUUAGCUUCAAGAAGAAGAAGAUCUGACAGCAGAAUUGAAACGCAUCGAACAACGAAGAAAAGAGCGUGAGAAAAAGGCACAUGAUCUUCAAAAACUGAUAAAUAUGUCUGAUCAACCUGCUAGUCCAUCAACAAGUGGAACAAAUGGCAAUAAUCAAUUCUCAAAACGAAAAGGAACCUUUCGAACAAAAACUGGAAGUGUUUCAACUUCAUCGACAUCGAUAUUCAAUCCAUUGGAUAUUUCAGUAACCGCAUUGAGGUUUUCUGAAUUCAAAUCCUCUGGUGCUCAUUUUAGAAGCCAAGAAAUGAAACUUCCCACAAACAUUGGACAGAAAAAGUUGAAAAACAUCGAAGUUGUUCUUGAAAAGUGCAAAAUGGGUAGGUCAUUUUAUUUUUAUGAGUUAUAUAUUUAUACACUAUGAAUUACUUAUUUUCAGAAAUGAAUCCAAUUGGAUCUGAAGCAACGAUGAAAAUUUAUAAUGAUUUCCGUUCACAGAUAAUGCUUUUACAAGAACUCAAAUUUGCUCUUCACACGGCUGAAUUUGAAUUGGAAAGUUUGCGAACCAGACUUCAAGAUGUCGGAAAAGUAAGUUAUCUUAUUUCAAUUAAUUUGAUUACAUAUAUUUAUCAUUGAAUCUUUGAAGGAUAUUGAAAUCGAGCCACGAAUGCGUGUUUCAAAUCUCGUUGAAGGUGGACUUGAUGAAGGAUCGAUUGGUGAACCAACACAACCACAAACAACCCGAAGAAUUACAUCUUAUAUUGAUAUUAGUUAUAAGGAUAUAACUGCGGUUAGUUUUUUAUUAGUUUUUUUUCAAAAAGUUGGGUUACUUGCUCUUUAGUAAGUCUGAGGAUUUUGAAAAAAAUGAAUGAAUGUGUUCGACUUACUUCCGAAAAAAUAAAAACAAAAAAAUUUCCAAAUAUAUUCUCAAGGUCUGAUAAAAUACGGAAGUAUUGGGAAAAAUAUAAUAUUUGAACAGAACAGUCUCAAAUAGUUUCUGAAUCACUAUCAAACUGACAAGUUCCAGAUAAAAAAUAAUCUGCCAAAUUUUUGCAAAAAUUGUUGUAGUUUUAUACAUUUUAAAGGUAGUGCGAGAUAAAACUUGCAUAUUUGCAUUUUGUCAAGCCAUUUUACACGGUGUUUAAGUGUUUUCAUAAACGUUGAACUUGGUUUACUAAUGUUAGAAAAACUUCCAUUAAAAAUCCUUCGAGGAGUGUACUAAUUGCAACUUUCUAUCUCAAAUGAGCCUAACCCAUUUUUAUCUCGGACUCCAACUUAAUAAAUUUCGUGAUUUUUAAUUGAUGUUAACAAAUUUGAUUUAAUUCCAGUUGACAUCUCGUAAACGUAAAAUCCCAUCUGCAUUGCUGACACCAAACACGAUGGAUCUCAAAAGACCGAGAAAAAUGUAA